AGCUCCGAUAUGAACCCUACUGUGCAUUUUUUGCUGUUUCUCUCAGGAGUCGGUUUCUCUUUGUCAUUGCAAUACUUCUAUGUAAGUCAGAGCAUGACCUGGAGUGAUGCUCAAACCUACUGCAGAGCGAAAUACAUUGAUCUGGUUACUGUACACAGUAUGGAUGAGGUAAACAGCACGAUUGCAUUAGCAGCAAGUGCAGCUCCUGGGUACACCGGGUCUGUGUGGCUUGGACUGCACAGGACCUGGACCUGGGCUACAGGAGAACCUUAUUCAGGCCAAGUUCCCUUUAUGUCUGGCCAGCCAAAUGAAGGGAAUGAUAGAGCAGCAUGUGCAGUGAUUACUAUCAAUGGACUGGAAGAUUGGUUCUGUUCAACUAGCCACUACUUUAUCUGCUAUAAUGACUCACCAACUGCCACAAGUAAGUUUGUCUUAAUCCCACGUCCCAUGAAUUGGACAGAUGCCAGUGCUUAUUGUCGAAAAAACUAUGCAGAACUCGUCACCGUCAAAACAUCUACAGACCAGAACAACGCUAUUUCACUUUUGGGUGGAAAUGCAUUUGUUGGACUGAUCUCGGCACAGUGGUCUGAUUACAGUUUCUCUACAUUCCGGUACUGGACUGGAGUUUCAAGCCUAGAGGCAAGCCUUAGUAAUAAAUGUGCCGCAAUGGUGAUUUCUGACUCUGGGAAAUGGAACAGUUUUGAUUGUGCCCUCCCAAAACCAUUUAUUUGCUAUGGAGCAUCGUCACUCGGCCCUGCGCCUGGGCUCUACCAUGCAGUAAAUGUUCCCAAGAACUGGUCGGAUGCUCAGCGUUACUGUAGAGAAAGGUUUACUGAUCUGGCCACAGUGGACAGUGUAAACAAUGUGUACAGUGUAAUGAAUCAAGUGGAUCUUAGCUACAAUGGUCUUUUAUGGAUCGGACUGCAGAAACCAAUAAAUAAACUAUGGUGGUGGUCUUUAGGAGAUGAACCUCUGUCUGAUUACUUUAACUGGGCUACAGGAAAACCGAGUGGCAUUGGACAAUGUGUAUCUAACAUGAAUGCUUUUUGGAGUGAUACUGAUUGUCAGACACCAUUAUACUUCGUGUGCUACAGUGCUGGGACAGGCUACAUCAUGGUUAAUAUUACAAAAACUUGGCAAGAUGCUCAGAGUUACUGUAGAAGCACCUACACUGACCUGGCCCGCAUCCGCUCUCCUUGGGAACAGAACCAGGUGAACAAUGUUGUUAGCAGAUGGGUUUCUGUCUGGAUCGGCUUGUUCCUAGACAACUGGCAGUGGUCUGAUCAGUGGAGCCAUCGUUUCAGAAACUGGGCAUUGGGACCACCAAGUGUUGGAACCGGCGACUGUGCUGCUGUGGUGGCAGGAAAUUCUGGAAAAUGGAUGAGUGACAGCUGCACUACAUUGCACCCAUUUGUCUGUUAUGGAGAUGUGGACAAGAUGAUAAAAAGACAGAUUAUAAGGGUGAAAUUGUCUUCAAAUGGAAUGACAAACUUGGAUGAUCUGUCAGUGCAAGCUGCAAUGUAUGAAAUUGAACAAAAACUGAAAGCGAAUGGAAUGAAUCAAAAUGUUAAACUCAGCUGGAGAGUCGGGACUGACGGACGUGUCUUCAAGAAGGUUCUUAAUUUUAAUGGCGUAGAAAGUGGAAAAAAGUGUAGAGCUUCUGUGUCACGCUAG